UUGCAAUUAUCACAGCAGCAAAUAUUGAACAGGAUUGGUGUCUGGUUGUCUGAGGGCAGUGGUUGGACUGUUAGUAGUAUCAAUGAACAUUUUAUAAAUACAAUAGUGUAUGAGCCAAUGAGAGGUAACUCUUAUAUUCCUUUACCGCCAAAGUUACAGAACUCUGCUAAGGGGCUAAUUAAUUUACAAAAUAAGGAUAAUGAAUGCUUCCGCUGGUGUCAUAUACGAUAUUUGAACCCACAAGAAAGAAAUCCUCAUAGAAUUAAAAAAUCAGAUGAGAUGAUAGUUCAGGAAUUAAAUUACCAAGGAGUGGAGUUCCCAGUUGCUACCAAACAUUAUGGUAAAAUAGAAGAGCAAAAUAGCAUUAAUAUUAAUGUGUUUGGUUAUGAGAAUGAGCAAUUUUAUCCUAUUCAUGUUUCUGAGCGGAAAAACGAGAAGGUAUUGAACCUGCCGCUGAUUACACAGGGGGAGAAGCAACAUUAUGUCCUAAUUAAGGAUUUUAAUAAGAUGAUCUACAAUAAGACUAAACACCAACACCGUAAAUAUUUUUGUAUGUACUGCCUCCAGUGUUUUAGCACUGAUGAGAUACUGACAAAACAUAAGAACAAUUGUAUGGUAAUAAAUGGGGAACAAGCAAUCAGGAUGCCUAAGGAGUGUAGUAUGGUCCAAUUUCAGAACUAUCAUAAACAGAUGCCAGCACCUUUUGUAAUUUAUGCAGAUUUCGAAGCAAUUACAGAGAAAGUAUAUGGGUGUCAACCAGAUGGUGUUAAAUCUUAUACUGAGGAGUACCAAAAGCACACUGGGUGUAAUUAUGGUUACAAAUUAGUAUGUUGUUAUGAUGACAAAUAUUCAAAACCAGUGAAAAUUUAUCGAGGGGAGAAUUCUAUUAGCUACUUUAUGUUGGAUAUGCUCUCAGAAGUAGAAUAUUGCCAGAAGAUGAUUUCUAGUGAGUUCCACAAACCGCUCCAGAUGGCGGACGAGGAGGAAAAAUUAUUCAAGGUUGCCGAGGAAUGCCACAUCUGUGGGCAGAAAUAUUUAGAUACUGAAGUAAGAGUUAGGGAUCAUUGUCACAUCACUGGACAGAACAGGUUAUCAGCACACCAGGACUGUAAUCUGAAGCUUAGGAUUAGCCCAAAAGAGUUCAAAGUGCCAGUCAUUUUUCAUAAUCUCCGUGGGUAUGAUUCCCAUUUAAUAAUGUAAGAAACUGGAUCAAUUGGAAAAAGCAAUAAUUUGAGCAUUAAUUGCAUCCCGAAUAAUAUGGAAAAGUAUAUGGCCUUCGGGUUAGGCAAACACGUAGUAUUUCUGGAUAGUUUUCAGUUUAUGGCCAGCAGUUUGGAGAGAUUAGCCGCCAAUUUACCCGCCGAUGCGUUCAAGUAUACUAGUCAGGUGUUCCAAAAUGAGAAACUAUCGCUGAUGAAACAGAAAGGGGUAUAUCCUUAUGAUUAUGUGGAUAGUUUUGGGAAGUUUGGUGAUCAGCAACUACCACCAAAAGAGGAAUUCUAUAGUAUUCUUACAGGUGAGGGUAUUUCUGAUGAGCAAUACCAGCAUGCCCAAAAAGUCUGGAAUACUUUUAAUAUGAGGACAAUGGGUGAGUAUCAUGAUCUGUAUUUGAAAUCUGACAUUCUCUUAUUAGCUGAUGUUUUUGAGAAUUUCCAUAAGACGUGUUUGCAGUAUUAUAAACUGGACCCCUGUCACUAUUUCACAUCUCCUGGGCUAUCCUGGGACGCUAUGUUGAAAAUGACUGGUAUUAAACUGGAGCUCAUGGCGGAUGUUGAUAUGUUCCAAUUCAUAGAAAAGGGAUUGCGUGGUGGUAUUUCCUACAUCGCCAACUGA